CUCUUAUUACGUUUAUAUUUUCAGGAUCUUCGUUUUCUUCUUUCGUUGCCCGUGACCCAUAUAUAGAUGGGUGAGAUUGAAUUAAAGACUGCACCGGGUGACUCUCGCUUCCCUACUACAAAUCAAAGCAGACACUGUUUCACUCGCUACAUAGAAUUUCACAGAUGUGUGGCGGCAAAAGGUGAAGGUGCUGAAGAAUGUGAGAAGUUUGCUAGAUACUAUCGUUCUCUUUGCCCAGCUGAAUGGGUUGACAGGUGGAACGAGCAGAGGGAGAACGGUGUUUUCCCAGGCCCUUUGUGAUUUGAACAAAUCUGGUCUAGUAUGAAGUUUAUUGUUUGCUUCAAGUUGGUUUAUUUGUUGGAAUUAGUUGGUUAAAUAAGAGUUAUCCGUUAUGGAUGGGUAACGUUACCUAUUAAACACUUGGGUUU